AUGAGCCGCGCGCGGGGGGCGCUGUGCCGGGCCUGCCUCGCGCUGGCGGCCGCCCUGGCCGCGCUGCUGCUGCUGCCGCUGCCGCUGCCCCGCGUGCCCGCCCCGGCCCCCGCCCCCGCCCCCGCCCCGGCCCCGACCCUGGGGCCCGGCCGCCCCGCCCCCGCCCCCCGCCUGCGGCCGGACGACGUCUUCAUCGCGGUCAAGACCACGCAGAAGAACCACGGGCCGCGCCUGGGGCUGCUGCUGCGCACCUGGAUCUCCCGGGCCCGCCAGCAGACGUUCAUCUUCACGGACGGGGAUGACCCUGAGCUACAGCUACAGGGAGGCGGCCACGUAAUCAAUACCAACUGCUCGGCCGUGCACACCCGCCAGGCACUGUGCUGUAAGAUGUCGGUGGAGUACGACAAGUUCAUCGAGUCCGGACGCAAGUGGUUCUGCCACGUGGACGACGACAACUACGUGAACCCCAAGGGCUUGCUCCAGCUGCUGGCCACCUUCUCGCCCAGCCAGGAUGUGUACCUGGGGCGGCCCAGCCUGGACCAUCCCAUCGAGGCCGCCGAGAGGGUCCAGGGAGGUGGAACUGUGACCACCGUCAAGUUCUGGUUCGCUACUGGUGGGGCCGGGUUCUGCUUGAGCAGAGGCCUCGCUCUGAAGAUGAGCCCCUGGGCCAGCCUGGGGAGCUUCAUGAGCACCGCCGAGCGGGUGCGGCUACCGGACGACUGCACGGUGGGCUACAUCGUGGAGGGGCUGCUGGGGGCUCGCCUGCUGCCCAGCUCGCUCUUUCACUCCCACCUGGAGAACCUGCAGAGGCUGCCGCCCGACGCAGUGCUGCGGCAGGUCACCUUGAGCUACGGAGGCCCAGACAACCCACAUAACGUGGUGAACGUGAUGGGAGGCUUCAGCCUGCAGCAGGACCCCACGCGGUUCAAGUCUGUCCACUGCCUUCUCUACCCGGACACAGACUGGUGUCCUGUGCACAAGCAGAGUGACCUUGUUUCUCGGUGACCCUGGGCUCCCAACCCAGGGAGCAGGAGCGUUGCUGACCCCUCCUGGCCUCAGCUCUGUGGCCACAGCCCCGUCCGGGGAGAUGUGGGCGCCCUGCUGGCCUCCCCCAAGAGCCCCUGGUGGCCCCAUUGACCAGGGCCUCUGGAGAGCUGGCUGCCCCAGAAGACAGGACGGGGAGACACUGCUCCUCCUCCCAGCCCAGCCCCCAAGGCCUGCUCUCACAGGAAGGGCCUCCGAGCAGGCUGGCAUCUGGCUCCCAGGGCUCCUCCUGCCCUCCUCACCCUGCUACAGAGGGGGUUCCAGGCAGCCUGGGCUCCCUGAGCGGCUCCAGGCCAGGGCCACGUGCAGGAUCCGUCAGCUGACCACAGGCGAGCGCAGAGGCUUCACCUGCAGGCCUCUGGAGGCGGGGGGAGCCGCCCACCCCCCACCCGGCUUGUUUGCCCAGUGAGAACACUGUGGUCUCCGAGGGAGCUGCAGGAAGGACUCGGGCCGCUGGCCCAGUGAGGCUCAGGACACAGCUUACUCCUGGUCAGGGCAUCUCCCUCCAGAGGCCUGCAGGAGACCUUGGCCAAGGUCUUAUUUCUGCAGUCUGUUGCCCCACCCCAUCCCAAGCCCAGAAAGAGCAGGGGCCCUUUGUUUGGGGCUCCCUCUGCAUUGCCAGCAGCUGACCCACUUUGUGCCUUUCCAUGGAGGAGAGAGGGGAACGGGGGAGGCCGCACCUCGUUCUGGCCCCUUGCGCUGUUGCCACAAGUGAAUAAAAGCUUGAUUAUUA